UAAUGAUGAUGUCACCUUUAGGAAUUGUUAAUAUAUGUCUAUUAAUUGGCUUAAGUUUAUCUCUAAUAAUAACAACACCAUGUACAUCAGUGGCUUUAACAGAUUGUAAUGCAUCAGGAUAUUGCACACUAAGUGCUGAUUCUUUAAGUUGCUAAAGUUUACCUUGCUAUAAAAUAAAUGAAAUAGGAGCAUGUCGAGAAUCACCAGCUGUAGCAUAUGAUGCAGUAUUGUGUUCUGGUUUGAGUUCAUUGGAUUUACGGUAUGAUAAUGUUUGUGGUCCUGCAGGAAUAUUAGAUUAUGCUUAUGUUAGAUUACCACUUUAAAAGACUGGAUCAGCAAUAUAUUCAACAACAGGGAUGACAGUAUCAUAAAUAUUGGCAGAGACAGUAGCUGCAACAAGAAAUAAUUUAUUAACAUAGUUAUUCAGUCUAAAUUUGUAUGCAGCAAGUAAUACACAAUUGAAUUCAAUCUUAUCUCUUUAUAUAGCAUAUAAAAAUGAUAUGACAGGACUGACUGGAUUUGCAAUGUCUCAUCCUUAUUAUUUGGAAAAAGCCAUCUAUGCUUCUCUCUAAAAUUUUAGAGUAUUAUUUUAUGUAAUAUAAUAAAGGAUGACACUGAUGCAACAAAAGAUCAAACAGCAACAUUAACAAACAUUUGGAGUUUGAGUGAUACAUUACUUUUAAGACUAAGAACUUUUCGUAAAUUCUAUUCAACUAGUUACUUUUUUGUGAACUUUGCUCAUACUCAAUUUAGCAGAACAUAUUUAUCUAUUAAGGCAUAAUAUAGUGUAUUUUCUUUGAAAUGGACAUAAUAUAGUAGUAAUGGAUAUGUUUAAUUAAUAACAUUUGCUCCACAAUAAUUCACAGGGUUUAGUGGUGCACUUAGUGAUGCAAUUAUGUUCAAUAUUAUUGAUACUAGUGGAGUUGCUCACACUCUUGGAUACACAUUAACUUGGUUAAUUACUGAUAAUACUAAGAUUACUUGUACAGUAGAAACAGCAUCAUAUUUACAUAUUAUAAAUAGAAAUACUCUUGUUGAACAAACACCUACUGUGGAUAUCCAUACUUAUUGUAGUUUAAGUGGAACAACAAGAAGAUGUGACAUUCCAAGCACAGUUAUUGAUGCAUUAACUCCUGCAGGAAAGGCAUUUUAUAUUGCAUGUUCAUGA